AUGCGUAUAGGCAAAGACGCGGACGGUAGCGGAACGUUCCGCGUUCCUUCCGAAAUGCCCACCGACGGCGAGGAAGAUCUUAUAAAAUUCGUCUUUCCGGACGAAAGCGGUCUAACUAACGUCGAAGAGGUGGCCGACAGGCUCAUUCUAAGCGCCAGACGCGUCGACGUAAGACAGCUCAAUCGCAAGAUCUUGAACGUUUUGCCCGGUGAAGAGGGAGUGUACCUCUCCGCCGACAAAUCGCUGGUAGACAAUCCGAUACUCGACGUACACGCCGCCAUUCACGACGUAGUCUACCUGAACGAGGAGAAUCCUUCGGGUUUUCCCCCUCAUCGUCUUGUCCUCAAGUUGAACUGCUUGGUGAUACUGUUGAAAAACAUAGACGUGAGGCAGGGACUGUGA